CUCAGGUCCAGGAGCUACGCUGUUUCCCUGCCUUGAAUUGGAGGCCUCUCACCAGUGCCCGACUCAGGAUCAUUAUCCCUGAAAGCCAGUCAGGAUGGGUGACCAGGCCCCACCCACACUCCUACAGCUGGCACUACAGAAGCUGUGGAAGGAGGAGGCCUUGCUGAUUUCUAAUCUGGAGGACAUUCCUGUGGGGCUGUUCCCAACAAUGUUUAAGGAUGCCAUAACUGACAAACGUACAAACAUUCUGAGGGCCUUGGUUCCUGUCUGGCCUUUCCCAUGCCUUCCUGCCGGAGCCCUGAUAAAGGACCUGGAGACUUUGAAAACUCUACUUGAUGGACUAGAUGCAUUGAUUACAGAGAAGGUUCAUCCCAGUUUUACAAAGAGGACGCGGAAACUCAGAGUGCUUGAUUUGACAGAUGUGUGCCUUGACUUCCAGAGCUUUAGGGCUUUAAAGCGGUCAGUGAAGAUCUGUCCUAAAUUUGGGGUGAAGAAGCGAUUUGUGGUAGUAACUGAUAUUGAUGUCCAGAAGGCCAGUUUCAGUGAAUGGCAGACAUACUUGUUGCAGUGGGCCCAGCAGCGAAACGAUUCUGUUCAUGUAUGCUGCCGAAAGCUGAAGAGUUGGAAUUCACCUGUCUUCACUGCCGAAAGGAUCUUCAAAAUGUUAGAUGCAGACUGUAUCCGGGAGCUGCAACUGAGUUUCUGGCAGCUUGAAUUCAUGCCACCCCUUUUUCCUUACCUGGGGCAGAUGAGAAAUCUCCACACGCUUGUGCUAGACAGAAUUCAGAAGCCCUUCAGGUUGGCUGCUUCUGUAGUGCAGGAAUUGAUAAGCCUGUUGUUUUCUCAGUUCAACAAACUCCCCUGUCUCCAGAAUCUCUACAUAAGUUAUUGCUACUUCUUGGAAGGCUGCUUUGAAGAGUGGCCCAGGAGACUGAAGAUCCCCUUGGAGACCCUGAUCAUCACUGGCUGCUGGUUCUCACAGUCAGACUUGGGUUACCUGAGCCAGAGCCUGUAUCUUUGUGAGCUCAGACAUCUGAAAUUGAGUGAUAUAGAGCUAUCUCAUUUAUGCCUUAAGCCCCUUGUGGUUCUCUUUGAGAGAAUCACAAGUACCCUGCAAAUCCUGGAAUUGGAAGAGUGUGACAUGAGGGACCGCCAUUUCAAUGCCAUUGGGCCUGCCCUGAGCCAAUGCUCCCAGCUUACCAGGGUCAAUUUUUAUCAUAAUUAUAUCUCUCUGCAUGCCUUGAAGAACCUUCUACAGCACACAGCCAAGUUGAGCAAGCUGACCCAUGAGAUGUAUCCCGCCCCUCUGGAAUGCCAAGAUAUCAUAACAGACCUUAGAGAUAGAUUCGAGCAACUUUGUCCUGAGGUGCUAGAUAUACUCAGGGCCAAAAGGCAACCAACGAAUGUUUUCUUUGCUACAAGAACCGACUGUGUCCGUUUUCAACCCUGAUCCUAUGACCUGGAGGCCAGACAUUACUUUUUUCCAUGAGUAGGAUAAGGUUGCUUCUGGUACUGGGAAUGGAAGCCCUAGUGUAGGGAGUGUAUGUUCACUAUGUGGAUCCUUGAUUGCAUAUAAUAAAUGUCCUGAGUUUGUGGGGUUGCUAGGGGGUCUCCAUCAGCACACAGCCCACUUUUUCCCAGCAUUUCAAUACCCAUUUCUUUUCCCAGCACCCUAAUAAGGUCAGUGUUAAAACAGUACAUGUCAUAGAACCUUAUGCACAGGUAUCUCAUCUAGAGGAUCUUGGAGCACAUGGCUCACAAUGUUCAAUAUAUUGAACUGGCAAUGGUGUGCAAAUGGUUCAUGGUUCAGAUCACAGGGACUGUGGCUGACAUGGAGAACAAUGGGAUGAGGGGACAGGAGACUGGUAAAAUAAGAGACAACUGCGCAUUUGUAAAUGAUUUGACAUCAGAGAGACAAUUAUACAAUUCUAAAUGUUGCUUUGGUGACUCCUAAGGUGCAGUGGGAGCCUGGAGGAGUACUGUCUGGUUUGUUUCAUAAUUAAGUGAUUGUUGGGGAUGCAGAAAAGAUGUUUUGUGUUCAUAGAGUAUUAGUAAUGUCAGGAAUUUAUAGACUGUCAGUUGUAGCACAGGCCUUGGCAGAAGCAGGAAGGUCUCUGAGUUCAGGGCCAGCCUGGUCUACAGAGCUCCAGGACUGUUGGGACUGUUACAUUGAGAAACCAAAGGAAUGCCAAGAAUCUUAAUCAUGCAGAGGUGUCUCCUCACUGGAGAUAAAAAUCAUUGCCUACAUUCCAUCUAGAAAACCCAGAAUGAAGUUUCUUAAGGACCUGGUGAGUUUUGCUAUUUGCAGACAUGCUGGGAUCAAAAUAAGCUUUAAGUGGUUUUUCCUUACUACACCAAGGACAUGCUUUUAGUGUAGUUAUAAUUUUAAAUCCACUACUCAUGGGGAAGCUCUUCAAAUCUGUUUAUCUGUUUACAUUUCAAAUAGAGGCCAACACCAUUUUCAAUUAUUUUUGGUGUAUUUAAUGCUCAAACCAAAGAUGUGUAUGAGAAUGAAUCAUUCUAUGGGUGGCUGGAGCUCCAGAAGCAAGUUUGUCCUGGAUGUUCACACAGCUUGGGGAUCCCAUUCUAUUUUUUUUGUCUUUUUUUAAGACAGUGUCUCCCUGUGUUGCCAUGGACAGUGGAUUACUUCCAAAAUCAAGGACAGAGGGUCGUCAUUAGACACUCACUUAAGAUGCAGCUUGUACCCUCUUCUUGCUGUAUGUAAUUCUCCCCCAGGUGUACCUGCGCUUGGAAGGGGUUAGAGAAUGUGGGUGAUGGAUCUAUGGAGGACGCCAUCUUUGUCACAGUAGGGAAUUCUACAUGAUGCUUUGUCUAUAAAGAUGCCCAAUAUACACAGUGAUUCAACGAGCUAUACAUGGGAGAAUCAUUACUUUGGUCGUUUCCUGAGGUAAACAGACUUCUUUUGUAUCUGAAAUUACUGCUAAUCUAAAUAGUCAAAAUAGUGUGUUAAUUCAAGUCCGCUUACGUGACAAUUUACCACACCCUGAAUAAAUGUGAUUUUCAAAGCAGGUUUAACAAGUGUCUGAACUCAUAGCUCCUUACAAACCCAGGUCAGAGGCUUUCAAUGGAUCACAUGUGCACUCAGAUGAGAUGUUCCCCUCCAUGGAAUUUAGGGUGCAGGUUGCUAUCUAGGCCAGAUCUGGUAAGUCACUCAUCCCAUCAGGAUGUCCCGUAUGACUGUGUUCAGCAGAUGAGACUGGGAAAAUUAGUCCCCGUAUGACCCAGAAAAUUCUUUAUUUAAAAAAUUGUAUUUAUUAGUGUGUGUGAUGGGGGUAGGCACUCAUUGUGUACAAAUUUUCCUUUGCAGCUCUUAAUU